CUGUCAACAUGGAUGCGCCCAUACAGUGACUUGCAUCAUUUUUAUUAUUAUCUGAUUAUGUAAAGUUGAAAAGUGAUUCUGAUAUCUCAGUCUGUAACUAUCCAAGUGGUUGAUGAAGGAUGGCAGGACUAGGGUCAGUACAGCAGAAGAUUCCUUGUGUGUAUGAGACAACAGUCUUGAAUGAGCCAUCUAAGAAACGAUCUUACCAGCAGUACAACGUUGUAGCAACUAACACGGUUCGACAGAUAGCCAAACAGGAAAGCAUAGAUACUGCUGUUGCUACAGAGAAACUUGACGGCACCUGUGUCUUUAUAUCAGAAUUCCAAGGUAAACCCUGGUUGUGGGCUCGGUUGGACAGGAAACCAAAUAAAGCAGCUGAAAAACGUUUUAAGAAGUUCCAGACACAGAGACGUCAAGGGAAGGGGGAUGCUGAUGACCUUGCCUCUACAGAGAAUUCAGAGGUCUCAUUUCCAUGGGAAGUUCCAAGUGACUUCAAGGAAGUUCCAGAGCACUGGAUCCCAGCAUCAGGUGUUCCGAUAAGUAAUGGACAACCACAACCAGAUGCUAAUGGACACAUUCCUGGAUGGGUGCCAGUGGACCCAAAGUCUCGCCAGCACUGUUGGCACCUGACGGCUGUUGACCUGACACAUAGCAUUGGAUUAGUCCUUCGAGAAAAGACAGAUGAAGGGAGAAAACUUCAAGUAGACCUGGUGAACCUGUCCGAGCUGUUAGGAAAAACAGCAGAAUUAAUUGGCACCCACGUCAAUGGCAACCCUUAUGGGAUUGGAAACAAAGCAACACCCCUCCACCUUAUGGUGCUUCAUGGGAGUAUAAAGGCAACAGUUCCAUGUGGACUACACCUGGAGGAAGUGAGAGCCUGGUUAGAGGGCAACAACAGUGGACGCAUGGAGGGUGUAGUUUGGCACUGCGAGUCAGGCAGUCUGUAUAAGCUUCAUCGUCACCAUGUCAACCUACCCUGGCCAAUGAAAGACCCCACUUUGAGUCAACGCCCAGUAAGCAUCACAGUUGACAUAACCCCAUAUGAGGUGGAGGAGAACAAUACGUCAUGUUUGUGGACUUUGUCAAAACUGAAUGGACAGACAUGUGACUCGCUGCCUGCUAUGGUCAGAGUCUUGGACAUGCUUUCCUCCCACUCAUAGCCCCCUUGGACUUUAUUUACUCAAAUCUGAGCCUCUCAGUGUUUCAUUUUGUACACUUCAUAAAAUUAAAUAAAAAAUCUCCUAACAGAGUGGGAGAGAAGGAAGGUAGAUACAAAAGACAGAGAAGAUGGAGCAUCAACAUCUGGAUUCCAUGGUUUUAUUAUUGGUUUACAUGUUUUAGCUAGCUUGCAGUCAUCAGAAAAACAGUAUAGAUAUUUAUAUAGCUAAGGUUGAAAUUACGGCUCAGCCAUGACAUAAUUACAAAUGUCUUUAUCUCACGGUAAUGACAAUACAAAAGCGCCACUAUCGUUACAUUACAAUGACAGUUUAAAUAUAAAUUCUGCACACCCGAAAAUAGGGCCACAUCCAUGUUCAGUAUUCUGGUGAAAAUGUAGGUUGUGGUACUUGUAUCUGUAAUUGUCAGAUCUCCUGAGUUGGAUUGAGUUGGUGAUAGGUUCAUUAUGGCCUUUUCAUGAAUUGGUACCUGCCGAAAGUUGCUAUGGUAUGGAUAAUACAUCUAGUAUGGAUGGACUGUGGAUGGCCAUAUAACAUGGUGCUGUACAUGGAAUCAUGGAAUCCAGAUGUUGAUACUCCAUCUUCUAUAUCAUUUGAAACUACUAAAAUUGUUUUUUGCACUAAAAAACUUUUGCUUCAAGCAAGGGGAAGAGCUUGACUUUAACACAACAAAGCUGUAAAUAGUUUGCUUUGUAAGAUUAUGUGUAAUUUAUGGGGGGCUCUUGAUGGAGUUGCUGUAUCAUAUUUGGGGGUUAUAACUGUUUUUAUUGUAAAUUUGUUUAAACACUGAAUUGAUACUUUUACAGAAUUUCUAAGGGAUCUUUUAUUUUGAAAAUUGGACGUAAGAUUGAGAAACUUGAAACUGUGACGACAGUGUUUAAACAUUUAUUGAUUCUUUUUUUUUUCAAAUAUUUAAAAAGUUAUAAGUAGUUGUAAGUAUAUAAUGAAAGCAUAGUAUAUGUGACAAAUAAAUUGAAUAAUUAAGGUAUGUUACAAAUUAUGUAUCUAUUGGACAGAUAGGUUUUACAACCUACCCAUUCUUAAAACUUCAUACACAGCAAUAGUAGCCAUUGUAAUGUUAUAACGUUUUGCUUUAUUAAAAGAACCAGUGCAAGGAAAUAAAUUGCCUGGGUUUGUAAAACUCUAGGUUAACUCCAUCUCCUCACCAUAAUUUGAAAGUAAUUCUGAUAUUCAGUCAACCUUUAGUGAAUAUUAUACAUUUUGUUUUUCAUGUAUUAACUUUCAAUCUCAAGAGUUUACAAAUACGUAGAUCUUCCAGGCUAUCAAAGAAUAACAUCGUAUUGUGAGCAUAGGAGAAGUUUGAUUUCAUUGAUCUUGGUGAUCUCAUAGAGAAAUAAUCUAUUUCUGUGUAUGAUAUUUAGUGUUUGAUGCUCGUUAGUUUGUUUGUUGAUUCUAUUGUUGUAUACCUUGUUCUCAUCUGAGAAUGUGACAUUACUAACUUGAAUUGACCAAGAUUUACAUGGCAGUGUCGUCUAUGAAGAUGUUACUCUUCCGGAAUACCUGGUCUUAUUAUCCUUGUACCUUUUCAGGAGUCUCCGUGUAAAUUUUUAUUUUGUUCAUAUUUUGCCUUGGUAUUAUUCAAUUUUGGAUUAUGAUUAUGUUAACAUGUUGGUAUUGUCUUUUUUUUUCAUGUAGAUAUGAAAGUCAUAUAUAAGUUGAUUGUUUAAGCACUGUAGACCUAAAUCAUCUCCAAACUGGUUGUUUAAGCACUAGAACUAAAUCAUCUCCAAACUGGUUGUUUAAGUUCUCCAAUAUGGCUGCUGGUGGCAGAUUUGGAACAAAAUUGAUUAUGUACUUUAUGGUUUGGAGAGGCAGAUCCACGGAUACAUUUAGGGGAUUCUUUGUAGUAUUCAUGUGAGUAAAAUUGUCUUAUCUGAUGUCUCUUAUAUUUGCAGCAUGUUUCAUGAAAUCAAAUUGUUGUGUGGAUAUACUGUUCUUUCAAUGCUGAAUUUCAGAUAUACAAUAGAGAUUUUCAAGGACUUUCGUUUAGAGAUAGUCCAACUGCUCAACAGUUUAAACUAACCAAAAGUACUUGUUGAUAAUUUCUAAUGGGGCAUAUGAAAUUGUUUUUAUGUUUAUCAAGAGAUUUUUUCCCAAAUGUCACACAAAUUAUCACAAUAACAUUUAAAAACGCUGAAGAUGUUACUUAAUUGUAAUCCAUGAAAUAAAAACUCACUAGUCUUCAA